GAUCUCGUUAGGUCUACCAACGUGGUGUACCAAGCCCACCAUGUCAGCAGGUCUAAGAGAGGACAGGUCGUGGGCACCAGGGGGGGAUUCAGGGGCUGUACCAUCUGGCUCACAGGUUUGUCUGGUGCUGGGAAGACCACCAUCAGUUUUGCCCUGGAAGAGUAUCUCGUGUCCCACAGGAUCCCCUGCUACUCACUGGACGGAGACAACAUUCGCCAUGGCCUGAACAAGAAUCUGGGCUUUUCUGAUCACGAUCGCGAAGAGAACAUCCGACGUGUCGCUGAAGUAGCUAAGCUUUUCGCAGACGCUGGCCUUGUUUGCAUCACCAGUUUCAUCUCUCCCUUUGACCAGGAUCGUGCUGAGGCGAGGAAGAUCCACGAGAGUGCCGGGCUGCAGUUUCUUGAAGUGUUCGUCCAUGCCUCUCUUGAAGUGUGUGAGAGCAGGGACGUGAAAGGACUGUACAAGAAGGCCCGCGCCGGAGAGAUUAAAGGUUUUACUGGGAUUGACUCGCAGUACGAGCGCCCCGAGGCACCGGAGCUCGUUCUGAAAACCGGAGAGCUCUCAGUGAACGAGUGUAUCCACCAGCUGCUGGAGCUUCUCAGAGACCAGAACAUCGUGCCGGGCGAGAUCCUGGAGGAGGUGAUCGAGCUCUUUGUUCCGGAGAACAAGCUAAAUCUUGCUGUGACCGAUUCAAACACUCUGCCCACCAUCAGCAUCACCGAGUUGGAUCUUCAGUGGGUGCAGGUUUUGGCCGAGGGCUGGGCCAGUCCUCUAAAGGGCUUCAUGAGGGAAAGGGAGUUCCUUCAGGUCCUGCACUUUGGCAACCUGCUGGACGGCGGGGCCAUCAACAUGUCCGUUCCCAUCGUGCUGCCUGUGAGCACUGAGGUCAAGCAGGAGCUGGACGGCUGCGCAGCUGUAGCUCUGGAGUAUCAGGGUUCCCGUGUGGCUAUUCUCAGAAAACCCGAGUUCUACCCCCAUCGGAAAGAAGAGCGCUGUGCCCGACAGUGGGGCACCACCUGCCCUCAACACCCGUACAUAAAGAUGGUUAUGGAAGGAGGUGACUGGCUGGUUGGUGGUGAGCUGGAGGUGCUGGAGCGGAUCAAAUGGAAUGAUGGACUGGACCAGUACCGCUUUACUCCUAAGGAGCUCCAGCAGAAGUUCGAAGACAUGGGAGCAGACGCUGUGUUCGCGUUCCAGCUGCGUAACCCGGUCCACAACGGCCACGCCCUCCUCAUGCAGGACACCAAGCGGCGUCUGCUGGAGCGGGGAUACAAGAACCCGGUCCUCCUCCUACACCCGCUCGGAGGCUGGACCAAAGAUGACGACGUGCCCCUGCAGUGGAGGAUGAGGCAGCACGCUGCCGUCCUGGAGGAGGGCGUCCUGGACCCGGCCAACACCAUCGUCGCCAUCUUCCCCUCACCUAUGAUGUACGCCGGCCCCACUGAGGUCCAGUGGCAUUGCAGAGCGAGAAUGAUCGCCGGAGCUAACUUCUACAUCGUCGGCCGCGACCCGGCAGGCAUGCCUCAUCCUGAAACGAAGCAGGACUUGUACGAUGCCACCCAUGGAGGGAAAGUCCUCACCAUGGCCCCCGGCCUCACCUCGGUGGAGAUCAUUCCCUUCAGGGUCGCUGCCUACAACAAAACCAAGAAGGGUAUGGACUUCUACAACCCAGAGCGUCAAGCUGAGUUUGAGUUCAUCUCCGGAACCAAGAUGAGGAACUUAGCUCGGAGCGGAGAGAACCCUCCCGACGGAUUCAUGGCCCUGAAGGCCUGGAAAGUCCUGGUCGAGUACUACUCCUCUGUUCAGAAGAACAACUGAUAGACCUUCAGCUCAGCAUGAAAUGAUAAAAGCUUUCUUAAAGGGGACAGAUUUUACACGUGCUUCGAUGGCGUGGGAUGUUGGAUUUCAACUGAUGAAGUUCUGAAGAAGAAGACGCAUUUAUACAUUUAUAUAAAUGAUUAUUUUAUAAAAUAUUUUAUAUUUUUAAUGACACAUUAACUUAAGCUUUGUAUUUUAAUAAAUUAAAUGCAUCUUUAUAUUCUUUUUUUUUUAAUAUAUAUAUCUGUUUCCAAGUUUUGGAGCACAUCCCAAGAGAAGGAAAUCCCUUUUAAUUUUAACAUGUGGACAAA